CAGGGAAGGGCCCCGAUGGCGGGGUUUCCGGGGUGCAGGGCCUGCGGGACCCCCCGACCUGCACCGGCAGGGGCGGCAGCGCGGACCGCGGGAGGCGCACGUGGGCUCGCAUUUGGGGGGCCGGAGGGGAGUGUCAGGGCCUCCGGCCCGGCCGGCCCAGGCCCCGCCCCGCGGCGGGACGCGGCCCCGAGGAGGUCACCCCACCGCAGGCUCCUCCCAGCCGCGCGCUUUCAAAGGCGGCCGGGCGGGCGGCGCGCAGUCUGCGCCAUGAGGACGGCGGGCGGCCGGCUGCUCCGCGCUGCAACGCUGCUGCUGUGCCUGGCGGCCGGCGCUGCAGCGGAAGCCAAGUGUGCCAAGAACGAGUUCCAGUGCCGGGACGGGAAGUGCAUCUCCUACACGUGGGUGUGCGACGGCGGCGCCGAGUGCCAGGACGGCUCUGAUGAGUCCCAGGAAACCUGCAUGGCUGCCACCUGCAAAGCAGGCGACUUCAGCUGCGGGGGCCGCUUGAGCCGCUGCAUCCCCAGCUCCUGGAGGUGCGACGGCCAGGAAGACUGCCACAGCGGUGCCGACGAGCGAGGCUGCCCCCCCAAGACGUGUGCCGUGGACGAGUUCCGCUGCGGGGACGGCCGGUGCAUCUCUCGGCAGUUUGUCUGCGACGGUGAGCCCGACUGCGAGGAUGGUUCGGACGAGGCCACCUGCUCGGUGACCUGCAGCCCCAACAGCUUCCAGUGCAACUCCUCCGCGUGCAUCCCCGAGCUGUGGGCCUGCGACGGCGAGCCGGACUGCAAGGACGGCUCCGACGAGUGGCCGCAGCACUGCGGGGACCGCACCACGUCGGCGCCCCUGGGGCCCAGCGGGCCGUGCUCCUCCCUGGAGUUCCACUGUGGCAGCGGCGAGUGCAUCCACAGCAGCUGGCGCUGCGACAGGGACCCCGACUGCAAGGACCAGUCUGACGAGGAGGGCUGCGCGGUGGCCACCUGCCGCCCCGACGAGUUCCAGUGCAUGGACGGCACCUGUGUCCACGGCAGCCGCCAGUGCAACAGAGAAUACGACUGCCAGGACAUGAGCGAUGAGGUCGGCUGUGUCAACGUGACGCUCUGUGAGGGCCCCGACAAGUUCAAGUGCCACACUGGCGAGUGCAUCACGCUGGACAGAGUGUGCGACGGGGCCCGGGACUGUCGAGACUGGUCGGAUGAACCCCUCAAGGAGUGUGGGACCAACGAGUGCUUGGACAACAAUGGGGGCUGUUCCCACGUCUGCAAUGACCUCAAGAUCGGGUACCAGUGCUUGUGCCCCAGCGGCUUCCACCUGGUGGGCCAGUGGCAGUGUGAAGACAUCGAUGAGUGUCAGCAGCCUGACACCUGCAGCCAGCUGUGCGUGAACCUGGAAGGCUCCUACAAGUGCGAGUGUGAGGACGGCUUCCACAUGGACGCCAGCACCAAGACCUGCAAGGCCGUGGGCUCUGUCGCCUACCUGCUCUUCACCAACCGCCACGAGGUGCGCAGGAUGACGCCGGACCGUAGCGAGUACACCAGCCUGGUCUCCAACCUGAAGAACGUGGUGGCCCUGGACGCCGAGGUGGCCAGCAACCGGCUCUACUGGUCCGACGUGUCCCAGAGGAAGAUCUACAGCACUCAGAUCGACAGGACCCCCGGCUCUGCACACGACACUGUCAUCAGCGGGGACCUCCAGGCCCCUGACGGACUGGCUGUGGACUGGAUCCACGGGAACAUCUACUGGACCGACUCGGUCCCCGGCACAGUGUCCGUGGCUGACACCCGAGGUGUGAAGAGGAGGACUCUUUUCCAGAAGAAAGGCUCCAAGCCCAGGGCCAUUGUGGUGGACCCUGUGCAUGGCUUCAUGUACUGGACAGACUGGGGGACCCCCGCCAGGAUCGAGAAAGGGGGCCUGAAUGGCGUGGACAUCUACUCGCUUGUGACAGAAAACAUCGAGUGGCCCAAUGGCAUCACACUGGAUCUCUCCAGCAGCCGCCUGUACUGGGUUGACUCAAAACUGCAUUCCAUCUCCAGUAUUGACGUCAAUGGCAGAGACAGGAAGACCAUCUUGGAGGAUGAGAAGCGGCUGGCUCACCCCUUCUCCUUGGCCAUCUUUGAGGACAAAAUAUUCUGGACAGAUAUCAUGAAUGAAGCUAUUUUCAGUGUCAACCGCCUUACAGGCUUGGAUGUUCAUUUAGUGGUUGAAAAUCUGUUAUCUCCUGAAGACAUUGUCCUGUUCCACAAUGUCACACAGCCGAAAGGGGUGAACUGGUGUGAAAGUACCGCCCUCCCCAAUGGAGGCUGCCAGUACCUGUGUCUACCAGCCCCACAGAUCAACCCCCACUCCCCCAAGUUCACCUGUGCGUGCCCGGAUGGGAUGGUGCUGGCCCAGGACAUGAGGAGCUGUGUCACAGAGCCUGAGUCUGUGACCACCCCAGUGCCACCCGGCACCAGGCCGGAAGUCAGCACCACGGCUGUCAGGCCUAAGCAGGCGGGAGAGCAGCCUGCACCCACCACACCCAGGCGGCCUGAGUCCACUGCUGGGCUCACCACAGCGGAGUCAGUGACCAGGUCCCAAGAUGUGGCCGAUGCUGCCGGCAGAGGGGAUAAGCCACGUGGUGUGGGGGCCCUGACCAUCGCCCUCCCCAUCGGGCUGCUCACUCUCCUCUGCCUCGGUGCCUUCCUGGUCUGGAAGAACUGGCGGCUCAAGAGCAUCAACAGCAUCAACUUCGACAACCCAGUGUACCAGAAGACCACGGAGGAUGAGGUGCACAUCUGCCGCAGCCAGGACGGCUACAGCUACCCCUCAAGACAGAUGGUCAGCCUGGAAGACGAUAUGGCGUGAACCUGAGCCCCUGGGACCGGGAAGGACGCUUUCUCCCGGCCCCAGUCCCCUUGACCUGCCUGAGACCACAGUGCCUCCCAGCAAGAAGACACCAAAGGCACCGCGGUGGCACCAGCCCAGUGCCUGUCUGCCCGGGCUCUGUUUCAUAUAUUUAUUCGCCUGGAGGCAGGACUGGACUUGGGACUGUGCCUGCACACUGGAUGAGACAGGGUCGGGCCCUGGCUUCCUGCUUUCUUUGUCCCUUUUGGGGGACAUCGCCUUCUUGUUCCCGUUUUGUUUUGUGGCUGGAGUCUCACUCCGCAGCCCAGGCUGGCCUUGAACGCGCAGCACCCUCCUGCCUCAGCCUCCCCAGCGCGGGCUUGUUUUGCCCCCGUCCUCCUGCACCAAAGCACAGGCCCCAGGGCGAAGCGGGCAGCCAGCUCGGAGCCGGCCCGGCCUCAGGGUCCCCCCAGCCCCUCAACUCAGGAGAGCGUGUACCGCCCCCCACACCGUCGCCUCGUCCAGAUCGGGACUCAGGCCAGGCCCGUGCCCGGGAGCCAGACAGGACUCGGGGGGCCCUGGCUCCCCCAUCCGGGUGGAUCCUGAUUUCGGGGCUACCACGGAGCAGCUGCAGCUUACCUUACCCAUUCAGUCGCCCAAACUCCGCGGGUCACCGAGGACACGCUGUGGCCCUGCCGCCAGCGUUCAGGGCUGCGCUGCUGUGUCGUCUCCUGCUUGCACUUUCCAGGUCACAGCCCCACGGCGCGCCCGCUCGGGCCAGUCUUUUGCACAGCCCGCGGCCGUGUGCAGUUUCUGAACUGGGCUUCCGAGAUGCCGCCCAGGUGGGCCCCGAACUCGCAGCGAUCCGCCUGCCUCAGCCUCCCGGAGUGCCGGGGUGCCAGGCGCGCACCGCAUCGCUGAGCCGGCCCGAGCCGCCCUUUCCCGUCCACUCACCGGGUCCCAUUUCCGUUUCUAUGCAAACAGCCCGCGCCCGACCCUCCCGGAGCCCAGGUCCCCAGGGCCCCCAGCACCCCCAGACCGGGUGCCACCCCAGCCUGAGGCUAGGAGCCCGGUGGGAACACCGCCACCUGCCGGGAGUGUGCGGGUGUUCGGUUUGCACUUUUGUAUUGUUGAGACUUUUCCCGCUUAUGUGUGCGUGCGUGUGAUUGUGAGACAGAGAGAGAGAGAGACAGAGAUCUAUUUAUUUUUGCAGACGCCUCUUGCUCCAUGGUGGCAUUUCCGGGGGGCCCUGCAUGGCGGCCCCCGGCUCAGCUUCGUGUAACAAGGUGAUGAGUGUGGCCUGCGGGGACUCCCUGGUGGGCCAGAUGCUUGGCGAGGCCCGCUUUUUAAACCACUGUACAGAUGUUUUUAUAGCCCGAAUGUCCUACGGUGAUGGAUUAAAUUUUGUCUGCAAGCCCUUUGGCUGAAUCUAGUAUGUUUCCAAUUCUGCUUCUUGCUCCCGCCAGCUGGGGAGGGGUUCACCCCAGAGAAGCAGGCAGAAAAGCAACAUUUCCUUCUGUCUUUUGAGACGGGGUCUCGCUGUGUAGCCCAGGCUGGCCUCGAACUCAUGGUGAUGCUCCCGUCUCAGCCUCCCUUACACUGGGGGAUCCAGCUUUUCUCCCUUGUAAAGCUUUAUUUUUAUUUUUUUCGUGAAAAAAUAAAGAUGUGGGCUGAGGAUGCA